CUUCCCCCAAGGCUGUUCCAGCUCUCCAGCGCGCCAGCCAAGGGGUCCCAGCCGGACCUCUCACAGCGCCUCCUGCAAUUGGCAAUUGUGUCUGCUUCCAGUUGGCGUCAUCAUCCAGAGAGCGAGCGAGUAGCCGGAGCGCAUUACGACGGUGAUUUACGAUGUAAUGUCGCAACAUCCACAUUUGCGGCAACAUACACCACAAGACGGCCCCUCACUCCUUUAGAACUUCCCAUAGCGAAUUGAAGGGACCACUUUACCCUUCCUGCGUCCGCCAUGUGGCGAGACCGCACAAAUCUCUACAUUUCGUACCGGCAGUCCUACGCCCACCACCCGGCACAACGAAAUCGAUAUGGGCCAUCCACCGUGGGCGAGCGCUUCGGCGGAAGCAGCGGCGCAAGCACAGGAGUGCUCUUCUCGGCAGACGAGGACCGCAGGGGGCUGUUAUCUGCUGGAGCGUACGAUGUGGACGAUGGCGAUGCCGUGAUCGAAAUGGACUUGCUUCCCCCACGAUGGGCCGACGUGUCAGACGAAGUCAGCGAGAUCUUGGCCGAUAUUGCGCAAAAGAGCCAGAAGCUGGAACGGCUGCAUCAGAAACAUGUGCUGCCGGGGUUCAACGACGAGGACACCAAAAAGGCCGAGGAAAGAGAGAUUGAGAAGUUGACGCAGGCCAUCACGAAGGGAUUUCACGACUGCCACGGAUGCAUACAACGGAUAGAGCAGAUGGUUCGUGAGGGCAAACAGACGGGCCAGAUGAGCAAGGCCGACGAGACUAUGGCCAAGAAUAUUCAGGUGAACUUGGCCACCAGGGUGCAGGAAGCGAGUUCGUUGUUUAGGAAGAAGCAGAGCAAUUAUCUGAAGAAACUCAAGGGCAUGUCUGGACUGAUAAGCCCGAUGGACCAAACGUCGACAUCAUUAACUGGGGGUGAACCAUCUCUUAUGGAAUCUGAUGCGGAUAGAACUUAUUCGCAAGCUACACUGCAGGCAGCUACACACCAGAAACUUCUCCACUCAAACGACGCUGCCAUUGCGCAACGCGAGCGAGAGAUUGAGGAGAUCGCACAGGGCAUUAUCGACUUGGCGAAUUUGUUCCGCGACUUACAAACGAUGGUCAUUGACCAGGGCACCAUGCUGGACAGGAUAGACUACAAUGUCGAAUCCAUGUCGAGCGACGUGAAAGAAGCUGCCAAGGAGCUCAAAGUUGCUGAAGGAUAUCAGAAGAAGACGAUCAAGCGGAAGAUCAUCUUACUUCUGUUGCUUCUAAUCGCCGCGGUAAUCAUAUUGCUGGUCAUCAAGCCCAAGAACCACGGGGGCUCACCACCCAGCCCCCCACCAAGCGAGGACGAUUAGAGGGAUCACAAUACACACUUGGCACGGCGCAUAUUUGGAGGGUUUGUUUGACUAGUGUAGAAGGGAGGCUUCCAAGGACUAGAAGAAUGCUCCCAGACUGGAGCAAAGAGCGCAAAUGCUUUUGUACCACCUAAUUGAGAUAUGUAUGGUAUUUAAUACCUAUAUGCCACUGCCUUUCUCCUUCUUAAAAA